AGUCCAUCUAUCUUGUAAUGAGUCUGCUCGCACACAAGCAAAACUCUAAGGAAACUGCGAAAAUCCGUGGUGAUUUGAAUCCAUUCGUCCUCCAUUAGCAAACUCGAUCGCGAAGAUUGUCAAAAUGAGUUACCAGAAGAUUUCCCAUGAACACUACCCUCCACCAGGGUAUUCGCCGCCCUAUCCACCACCAGGAUAUCCUCCAUCAGCUCCGCCGCCUCCGCCUCCACCUUAUGAAGGUUAUCCACCACCACAGCCACCGUCUGGAUAUCCUGGAUAUCCACCACCACCAGGACCGCGACAGCCAUACGAAGGUUAUCAAGGCUAUUUCGCUGAAGGAUAUCCACCACCUCCACCGCAGCCCGGUCAGCCGCAGUAUCAGCAUUAUCACUGCGAGCAUCACCAUUAUCAAGAUAAUGAUGGCUGUACCUCAUUUUUGAGGGGAUGUUUGGCUGCACUUUGUUGCUGUUGUGUGCUGGAGGAAUGCUGCUUCUAAAAUUUAAACCGCAUCAAUAAGUUUCACACUAUGUCUGUGUGCGGUCUGGUAAUUGUCAGUCAUUUCUCAUUGUCUGGUUGUCAAGUUCUAUGGUUGUAUAAUGUAUGCUUUCUGUGCAAAAUUUCUUUUUCUAGUUUCUCAGACUUGUAUACAGUAUAAAUAUGCUACAAUGUUAUUUAUUUAUUUUUGUAUGUAACUUCAACUUAUUUCCCAAUAAAACGUAUAAAAUGUGGAAAUUCACCUUAAAAAUAAA